CUAACCUCGCCAAAAAAGAAAGACAACACAACAAAAAGUCUUUACACACGUGCCAUAGCCGGCCUUUUCCGAUUGGUCGAAAGCAUCGGACCAUCAUUGAAAGUACGAUUUAUUAACUCCACUUGACUCUGUUGAGCGAUGUUGGCUGUCAGCAGUCGGACUUCGAAUUCGCGGAGGUGUUGUGCGGUUUUGUUAUGAUUAUUGACUAUUUUGAGGCCGUUUAUGGUGUUUUUAUUAAAUUGUAUUAAGUGAAUUAGUAUCUAUAGUACCUAUCUAGUGAUGAAAUAUGUGGCGCUAUAGAGGUAAUACAGAUUCAUCAAUUAAUUCCACCAGUGGACCAACGGGAGAACAAUAAGACGCACGUCUCUAAAUUUUUAUACUAAAACUUUUUUAUCUUAAUCCAUUUACAAUGUUAUAAAGAGAACCGAUAGAUAACAUUUAAUAUCUAAGUUGACUAGCCUUACAUGGACCAACGUUGUGAUACUAAUCUGAUAACAUCUUGAUCUAAAUAGCGUGUUUUAUGUGAUAUUAGAAUUUACUUAGUGACUAACAAGUGGGUGGACCAGUUUACGCUGACACUAGUGUUGUGAUACCAAAAAAAUGUCGGGCACGGAUUCGCAUAUUUUCGCUCCAGAGUUGAUUCUGCGCGUGGACGGGUCAAAGUCUGACUUGCCGAGUAUGGACUCCUCGCCCUCGAACUCUAUCCUCCCGUACCAGCAGCGGAAAUACCGCUGGGUGAUCUUAUCCCUCUUCGUGCUGUACUCGGCAUCCAACUCGCUGCAGUGGACGCAAUACGCCAUCAUCUCGGAUGUGGUUACGCGGUACUAUGGCGUGCCUGGGACGGUGGUGUCGUGGACCUCCAUGGUGUACAUGCUGACCUACGUGCCCCUCGUGUUUCCCGCGUGCUGGCUGCUGGAUAAAACGGGCCUCCGCGUGACCACAAUAAUCGGGUCCUUCGGCACCUGCCUGGGCGCGUGGCUGAAGGUGUUCUCCGUGCCUCAAGACAUGUUCUGGCUGGGCUUCGCGGGGCAGACGGUGGUGGCGAUCUCCCAGGUCUUCAUCUUGAACGUGCCCCCGCGCCUGGCCGCCGUGUGGUUCGGCGCUGAUCAGGUGUCCAGUGCGUGCAGCAUCGGGGUGUUUGGGAAUCAGCUGGGCGUGGCGCUCGGUUUCUUCGUGCCGCCGAUGCUGGUCCGAGCCUCGGGGACCGUGGAGGAGCUGGCACACGACUUCCAGCUCAUGUUCUACCUGGUGGCCGGCUUCACCAGCGUGCUGUUCGUGCUCAUACUGCUGUUCUUCAAGACAGCCCCGGCGUCACCCCCCUCCGCCGCGGCCGACCUCGGCGCCAGCCUCGACUCCAACUUCUUCCAGUCCAUCAAGCGGCUGCUCAUGAACCGCAACUACAUCCUGCUCCUCAUCUCCUACGGGCUCAAUGUCGGCGUGUUCUACGCCAUCUCCACUCUGUUGAACCAGGUCAUCUUGACCUACUAUCCGACCGCUAACGAGGACGCGGGUCGCAUCGGCCUGGUCAUCGUGGUGGCCGGCAUGGUGGGCUCCGUCAUCUGCGGACUCGUGCUCGACAAGACCCACCGCUUCAAGGAGACCACUCUCGCCGUGUACGCCGCCUCCGUCGUCGGCAUGCUUAUCUUCACUUUCACGCUGAAUUGUGGGAUUAUUGCUGUGGUGUACUUGAGCAGUAUUUUGUUGGGAUUCUUCAUGACCGGCUACCUGCCCGUGGGUUUCGAAUUUGCUUCUGAAGUGACGUACCCCGAGCCCGAGGGCACCACCUCUGGGAUACUCAACGCAGCUGUGCAGGUAUUCGGCAUAGUCCUAACCCUUCUCUACGAGUGGAUGCUGGGAGCCGUGGGGGACCUGUGGUCCAACCUGACGCUGUGCGGCAUCCUGGCCGUGGGUACCGCCAUCACCGCCGCCAUCGGCUCCGACCUUCGUCGCCAGGCCGCGCAGGCGAAGGGUUAGACCAGUGGAGACAUCGAUGUAAUGUGUGAUGAUGUAGAUUCGGAAGUAGGUGGGUGAUAAGUUUAGUAUCAAUGCAAUUUUUGAAGUUGUAUUUUUGUUGAAAUAGGUGGAGCAGUAUGGUCUUUAUCAUCUACGAAAUUUUUGACGGUAUUCAUUC